AUGGAUGACAAUAAAUACCAAUAUACACAGAAUGGUACGAUAUUUAAUAGGGAUAUUGUGGUUACUGAACAGUUUAUACGUGUUAAAUGUUAUGAUAAAUCACACAUUGUUAUAUAUUCUAAUUACCACGCCUUUAUCUUACCACAACCAAUCAGGCUUCAGCAAUUAAAGACUAGCUUUAGUGGGCACGUGGAAGAGAAAAACCCACGGGAAACCUUGAACGUUGUUAUGAUUGGUGUCGAUUCUGUUUCGAGAUUAAAUCAUAUGAGAUAUAUGCCUAAAACACGUGACUACCUAUUACGUCAUCUUGAUGCUAUAGAAUUACAAGGUUACAACAAAGUAGCUGAUAAUACUUUUGUUAAUAUCGUUCCCAUGACAACCGGACGUUUUGUGGAAGAGUUACCGUGGAAUGAACAAAAAAGUGGAGAACCUUUUGAUAAAUAUAAUUUCAUCUGGAAGAAUUUUUCUUCUAGUGGCUAUUUUACUUUGUACGCUGAGGACGAUCCCGAGCUUAACAUCUUUAAUUAUAUGAAACGUGGAUUUCACGUUCCACCAGCCGAUCACUAUUAUCGUCCAUUUGCCCUGGCCGUAGAGGGGGAUAACUCUGCAUGGACGUCGGAUCAUCAUUGUGUUGGGGAUCGAUUUGAAACUGACAUGAUUCUUAAUUAUACGAAAGAUUUCCUGAAAUUGUAUCAUAAGGUCCCAUAUUUUGGUUUCAACUUCCUAAGCCGAUUAACUCACGAUUCAAUAUCGAACACGGCCUCAGCUGAUACCCCCUACUCAAACAUGUUCAGGGAUAUUGACAAUCAGGGCCUACUUAAGAACACUGUGUUGAUAUUUUUCAGUGAUCAUGGAAUGAGAUUUGGAGAGAUCCGAGAAACAUACAUCGGUAAAUUAGAAGAACGACUGCCGAUGAUGUUUUUAGUUUUUCCAAAAUGGUUUUAUAAAAAAUAUCCCCAAAUAACACAAAAUUUAAAAAUAAACCAAAAUCGAUUGACGACACCAUUUGAUAUUUACGAAACUUUAAAGGAUAUUUUGUAUUUUACUGCUGUCACUGCAUAA